CAGCUCCUUCCAACACAUUCUGCCUGCAGCCUGCUCCUUGCCAUCCACCACACACCCUCACUGAACCAGAGGCCACCACCAUGACAAGGGACCAGAAUGGAACCUGGGAGAUGGAAAGUAAUGAAAACUUUGAGGGCUACAUGAAGGCUCUGGAUAUUGAUUUUGCCACCCGCAAGAUUGCAGUACAUCUCACUCAGACGAAGGUUAUUGAUCAAGAUGGUGAUAACUUCAAGACAAAAACCACUAGCACAUUCCGCAACUAUGAUGUGAAUUUCACUGUUGGAGUAGAGUUUGACGAGUACACAAAGGGCCUGGAUAACCGGCAUGUUAAGUCACUGGUCACCUGGGAAGGUGAUGUCCUUGUGUGUGUGCAAAAGGGGGAGAAGGAGAACCGCGGCUGGAAGCAGUGGAUUGAGGGGGACAAGCUGUACCUGGAGCUGACCUGUGGCAACCAGGUGUGCCGUCAAGUGUUCAAAAAGAAGUGAUAGCAACGUGGGAGGCCUGCCAAGCACGAGCUCCCCACUGUCCACACUGAGUGUCUACUGGCUUUGAGAAGCAGCUGUGGAGACCUUCCCACUCUUGACAGAGCCCCAUUAAGGCAUCUGGAUGGGUUUUAAAGAGAAUGCGUAUGUAACAGUGAUAGACAUAUUCUCCUCCUUUAAAACCUAGCAUUAAAUGGAGAAACAAAAAUUACUCCCAUAUUGUGAAACCCUUU